AUGAGCAAACAGAGACCGCCACCGGACCCAGUGGCUGUGCUGAGAGGUCACCGCGCCUCUGUCAUGGACCUCUGUUUUCAUCCAUCCCAACCUCUCCUAUGCACCGGUUCCGCAGACGGCGAGUUGCGGAUUUGGGACACUAUCCAGCAUCGGACUAUAUUAUCAGCAGGGGUGCAUAAUGCUGCACAGGGGGUUGCUUCUGUUGCUUGUAGUUCUUCAAUUGGAGCCAAUAAAGUGAUCAGCCAGGGUAGGGAUGGAACAGUGAAGUGUUGGGAUAUCGAAGAUGGAGGUCUGUCCAGGACACCUUCUGUUACAAUCAAGACAAACUCUUACCACUUUUGUAAACUUUCCUUGGUGAAGAGACCUCAUUCUAGUUCUAAGCGAGUUUACUGGACUACGCAUAAUGACAGUGAUGAAACAAGGGUUAGGGAGAAUGCUGAUGCGGAUACUCUAGACGAUAGCAGAGAAAAGUUUCAAGAGUAUCUGCCUGAGCAGUCCAGCACAUUUGAAGGUAAUUUAAAAACUAGAAUAAUGAUAGACAAAAAUUUUGAAACAGAAAAUACUCAAGUUGAGGGAUCUAAAUAUGUCGCUGUAGCAGGGGAGCAGCCUUCUGAGGUUGAGAUUUGGGAUCUUAAUACUGCAGAAAGGUUUGCACGGCUACCUCAAAGCUGCGUUGCUGGUUCCUCAGGAAUGUGCAUGGCGGUUCAAGCAUUCUCACCAUCUGAAUCACAGGGAUUCCUAAAUGUCCUGGUUGGUUAUGAGGAUGGUUCCAUGCUUUGGUGGGAUAUUAGAAAUCCAGGGGUUCCAUUGACCUCUGUCAAGUUUCAUUCAGAGCCAGUUCUAAGUCUAUGCGUUGAUGGGUCAUGCAAUGGUGGUGUCUCAGGAGCCGCAGAUGACAAAGUUGUGCUGUACAGUUUGGAUCAUUCCAUGGUAACGUAUGCAUGUUCAUAA